AUGGCAUUGCGUGUGGAGGCGCCUGAUGAGCGAGUUGAUGACCUUCUACACAGGCUAUUUGAAUCCAAAGAAAUUGACAUGGCUAAAGGCGAUACACUAGCAGCAGUUGAUCUUUGCGAGUGCAUUUUCAUGAGCACACAUAAGCGUUUUGAUGAUGGCAGUUAUUGUGUACAAAUACCAUUUACACCAGAUGCUCCACCACUUGGGAAUUCACAUCAAAUGGCACUUAGGCAAUUUCACCAGUUGGAACGAAAAUUGGCAUCCAACUCAGAGCUGAGGCAAAGAUAUGUGGCUUUUAUGCGCAAAUACGAACAACUUGGUCACAUGCACCCUAUUCAGCAUCAUUCAGGCGACUCAUCUCAGGCAUACUACAUUCCACAUCAUGCAGUCAUGGCAAAAUUCCGAGUCGUAUUCAAUGCUUCCGCAAAAACAUCGAAUGGCAUAUCAUCAAAUGAUACACAACUCGCUGGCCCCUCAAUACAGGAUUUAUUACUUAACCUUUUGCCUCGCUUCAGGCAGCAUCGAAUAGCAUUCACAGCUGAUGUGGAGAAAAUGUUCAGGCAAGUCAAGGUUGACGAGAGGCACAGGCAGUGGCAACAGAUCCUCUGGCGGGAAUCAUCCGAUCAGCCCAUUCGCACAUAUCAAUUGGCUACCGUUACAUAUGGCACAACUAGUGGCACAUAUUUGGCUGUUCGCGCUAUGCAGCAAUGUGGCAGAGACAACUCUUAUAAACUCUCAGAUGAAGUACGAGCUAAAACUGCUUUGCACAGCAUCCUGAAUGAUUUCUACGUAGAUGACUACCUUAAGAGUACACCUUCUAUUGGCAUGGCGAUUCAACUGGCGGCCGAUGUCUCAUCUGUUUUGGCAGACGGUCAGUUCCAUCUAAGGAAAUGGAAAUCGAAUAGCGCUGAAGUCUUGGCACAUCUUCUUGGCGAUGCUGAUCCAUGUCAGCUUUAUCCGCACUUGGCAGAAACUACUGUUCUUGGCUUACACUGGGAUCCACUCACUGAUGAACUCUUCUAUCAGGUCAGCUCUUAUGAUGCACAACAUCUUACGAAAAGGCAAGUGCUUAGCGAUGCUGCAAAAUUAUAUGAUCCAAUUGGCAUGUUGGCACCGGUUAUCAUUACGGCUAAACUUUUCAUACAGAAACUCUGGCAGGCAAAAUUGGAAUGGGACGACCCAUUACCACUUGAACUGUUGCAAGAAUGGCUCAUAUACCGAAGGCAGCUGUCCCAACUGGAGGCAGUGCGAAUACCGCGUUGGAUAGGCAUGCAACCUGGUUAUCAAAUACAACUUCAUGGCUUCUGCGAUGCUAGUGUCAAGGCAAUGGCUGCAGCACUCUAUUUGGCAACAAACCACAAUGGCAAUAUCACUAGUCACAUUAUCGUAUCAAAAACUAAAGUGGCACCAUUACAUUCGGUAACAGUACCCCGAUUGGAACUUUGUGCUGCGCAAUUGUUGGCUACUCUUUUACACGAAACAAGGCAGGCUUUGCAUUUGGAGCACGUACCAUACACUCUAUACUCCGACUCAAAUAUUGCUCUAUGUUGGCUACGCAAAAACACAUCACAAUUAAAGCAGUACGUUGCUAAUCGCGUUGGCUGCAUUCAAUCGAUGACAGAUAUCAGGCAUUGGCAUCACAUUCCUACCAAACUCAACCCAGCUGAUUGCGCCAGUCGUGGCAUAUCUCCUUUGGCGUUGCAAAACUACGCAUUAUGGUGGCACGGUCCUAAUUCAACUGAUUAUUCAAUCAAUGAGCUGCACCACUGUGCACCAGCAGAUCUGGCAAUAAUGGAAGGCGAGUUGAAAAAGGCACAGCCCAUAUCCACAUCCAGCAAGAUCAUUGCACUGAGUCCGUUCAUCAACUUAACAGCGGAAAAUAUAUUGCGAGUAGGCGGAUGCCUACAUAAUGCGAGGGUGGCAGAGCCACAACGUCAUCCAAUCAUUCUUCCGAAGGAUAGCACAUUGGCCAGGCUUUUAAUAUGGCAGGUGCAUCAGGACACACUUCAUGGUGGUAUACAAAUUAUGCUUCAUACGAUUCGACACAAAUAUUGGAUUCUACAGGCACGCAUUUUGGUUAAGCAAUGCAUACACUCAUGUGCGAUUUGCAGGCGGCAUAAACACAUAAUGCUAAAACAACGUAUGGCGACAUUACCAAAGGCUCGGGUCACCCCAUCUCCACCAUUUGCAAGAUCUGGCUUAGACUAUUGCGGUCCAUUCAACAUACGCAUUGGCUCCAAGGCUGUACGAACCGUGCGGAAGGCUUACGUGGCAAUCUUUGUGUGCAUGGUAACCAAGGCAGUGCACAUCGAACUGGCUGAAGAUCUCACUUCUGAGGCUUUCAUAAAUGCAUACACCCGUUUCGUAAACCGGCGUGGUCCAUGUAAUCAUUUAUACAGUGACAAUGGCACUACAUUCAUUGGUGCAGAUCGCUUAAUGGCCGCUGACUUACAGGCUUGGGAUAAUGAAUAUUUUCAACAGCAAUUGGCAAAUCGAGGCACAAAAUGGCAUUUUCUACCACCUGGCGCACCUCAUCAAGGCGGUCUAUGGGAAGCUGCCGUUAAGUCAGCGAAGAAGCACUUACUACGCAUUGUUGGCACCCAUUCCAUUUACUAUGAUCAGCUACAUACUCUACUUGUACAUAUCGAGGCUUGCUUGAAUUCACGUCCACUUAUACCAUUGCAUGACACUUGUGACGACAAGAUGACUCUAUCACCUGCAGAUUUCCUAAUUGGCAGAUCUCUAUUGGCAGUACCAGAUGAACCUAUUGGCAAGGUACCUAGCAACAAAUUAUCAUACUGGCGACAAUUAAGGCAAAUGCAACAGCAUUUUUGGCGACAAUGGCAUGAUAAAUAUCUUUCAACUUUGCAACCACGUUCCAAAUGGCAUCAGAAUGGCAACAACAUCAACAUAGGCGAUGUCGUGGUUAUCCAGCACGAGAAUCUACCAGCAACACAUUAG